AUGUUUAAAAAAAUUCACCUCAGCUUGAAGAAAAAAGAAAAGAAGGACAUGCAUUUACACAAAUUAAAAAAGAUAUAUUCUCAAUUAAAAGUUAUCCGAUAUUUUAUGUAUAUACAUAAUGAUGAAAUUAAAUAUAUUUUUAUUAAGUUGUUAUACAAGAAACUUUUUCACUCGAAAACCAUUUCUGCUAUUAUAAUAGAUGACCUGACCUUGUUCAUAAAAAAAUGUAGGGACAAAGUUGUAAUUGAUGGAAAUACAAUAAGUGAAAAAUCUGUUUUAAAAAAUUCUCAAUGUGAUGAAGUAUUUAGUAUUUUAAAUAUAAAGACUCAAUUAAAUAAUCAUUUAACGUUUUUAAUUAAAAAAAUUAGAAAUUCUUCUUUGGAAAAAGAGGGAAGUUAUAAGAAAGAUUAUGUCUUGAAAAACUAUGAUACGAAGAGAAACAGACAUAUUUUGUUAGGUGUAAUUAAAUGGUUGUUAUAUAGCUAUCGAAAGAGGGAAAGGUCAAAAGUGAAAAGGGAUAUCAGAGUAACUGAAGAGGAAGAUCGAAUAAGCGGAAGGCGGCUCAUCUGGAUGAGUAACAAAAACGACGGUUUUUCUCCGUCAUAUGGGCAUAAAAUAAGUGGUAGGAAAAAAAUGAGUAAAAAUUACCUGAAUGGAUACAGGAUAAAUAACAAAAUAGGAAAUACAAAAAUUUUAAUGGGAGCGGUAAAAAGUAAUUUAAAGGUAAACAAAAAAUGUUCAAGAGAAAGGAGUACUACAUGUUUAAGAAAUAGUAACAAGGAUUGCUAUUUUUCUAUGGAGAAAAAGAAUAUAACAGCAUGCUAUCCGUACCUCUCAAAAUGUACGGAUCAUGAUGUUUUUUCUGGUAAUUUAUACCAACAUGCUCUUUACCCUGUUAAGGUAAAAAAGGAGUUGAAAAAAGCGAACAUCUCCGAGUUUUAUACAAACAGUAUUAAUUUAAAAUCUGACAAGUGCUACAUUCCAAAUGAUAAUAAUUUUUCGAGUAAUUCUUUUUUUAAAAUUUUACUUUCAUGCAAUGGUAAUGGUUAUCUCUUAAAUAAUAAAAAAAAGCAAAAUAAUGUGGUUGUCAAUGGAGAGAGAAAACACUUCAUAUAUGGUAAGAACUACCUUGACAGAAAAAUUAGUACCACAAUGAACAUAACAAGUAAUAAAAAAUUUUUUAAAAAAAUAUUUAUAAAAAGCCUAGAAUGUACAAGUCAUCCAUAUAUAUAUAACUUGAACUGUCGCACUUGCCACUUUAUAUGUUCAAUCAACAAAACUUACAGUAUUAUCAAACGUAUAAAAUGUAUAGAGCCAUGUUGCAAUAUUGGCUGUAAAAAGAUUUUCAAAGAGUGGGUUAGCAAUUCUUUUAUUUUAAAUUCAGGUAAGGGGAAAAAUUGGCAUAUUCAUCCGAGGAGGUACAAGAAAGAGUUGGAUAAAAACGGUAAAAAGGGAGGAACAGAAAAAAUGAAGGAUCAUACUGAAGGAAGAAAAAUCGAUAGAAGUGAAUUCCCCGCUGACUGGGCGGAUGAAAGAAGCGAAAAUAGGGAAGAAUACAUGGCAGAAUAUACAAGAAAAUAUACGAUAAAAAAGACGUGUAAAAAGAUGAGAAAAAAUACUGGAGAAUGUGAAAAAGUUCAUAUAAGCCCACACACCAGCAACAGCAAUGAUAAGAAGAAAAUAAAUUGUACGUUGAAGAAAAAUGAAAACAAUAAGAGGAGCUCAAAGAAUGAACACGAAACAGUGGAAGCAUAUUUAAUAAAUUUUUGCAGAAUUAAUAGUAACGACAGCUUAAUAGAAGUAAAUCAAAGGAUAAACGGAAGGGAAAUCGACAGAACGAACGAAAGGGAAGUCGACAGAACGAAUGAAAGGGAAGUCGACAGAAUGAACGAAAGGGCAAACGAAUGGACGAACGAAAGGGCAAACGAAUGGACGAACGAAAGGGAAGUCGACAGAGCGAAUGAAAGGGCAAACGCAUGGACGAAUGCAUAUAAUGAAGAACUGAGUUAUAGCGAAUUGGAUGUAUACAUGGGAGAGUACAGAGAAGGUCUAGGGGGGUCCUCUAUGAUGGAUGAUAUCUCAGAUAUGCAACCAAUACAUUUAGCAACAAAAGAAGGUAACAUUGAGUUAGUAAAAACAUUUAUAAAGUCAGGCACAUAUAUAAAUAGUAAAACAAGAAUAAGAAAAUUUACACCAUUACAUUUAUCAGCCUCGAAAGGUGAUAUCGAUUCAGUUAAAUUUUUAGUUAGUAAUAAUGCUGAUAUAAAUGCAUUGUCAUCUGAUAAUGAAACUCCCCUAUGGUGUGCGUCUAUAUCAAAUCAUUUAGAAGUUUGCAAAUAUUUUCUAGAGAAUGGUGCAUUAGUUAAUUUAAAUUUAGGUAAAAAAUAUGACUCCCCUUUACAUGCUGCAUGUAUGAUGGGUAACUUUGAUAUUGUAAAAUUGUUAACUGAAAAAGGAGCAGAUAUUACAUGCUUGGAUUUAAAUUUAUUGGAACCACUUCAUUAUGCUUCCUUUGAAGGGCAUAAAGGUAUUGUGAAAUAUUUAAUUUAUAAACAAAUUGAACAAUCAUUGAGUAAAAAAAUGGAAGAAAUUGUUAGCAUUAUGAAAAAAUAUAAUGUAUACAUCAAAAAUUUAGAAAUGCAUUAUUAUUUGAAAUAUAAAUCUAUUUUUAAAAAAAGAAUAACAAGUAAAGCAUUAUGUUGUGCAAUAACUUCGGGAAAUUAUAAAAUUGUUGAUGUUAUUUUAAAAAAAGGAGCUGACCCAAAUUAUUUUGAUGCACGCUUGCAACUAUUUCCAAUUCAUGCUGCAUCCAUAACUGGCAAUAUCAGAAUAUUUAAAAGUUUAAUACAAAGAGGAGCAAAUGUGUUUAUGAGAACUACCUGUGAUAACUUACCCAUAGAUCUUACAGAAGAUAACGAAAUUAGACAAUUUACUUUGCAAUACUCAAGAAAAAUUAAUUUAAGAAAUGCCUGGAUUUUAAGGAUAAAAACAAAAACUCACAUUUUUUCACUUUUGACGUAUGACUCCUUUUACCAUCUUUGCACUUUCUUUUAA